AUGCUUAAAAAGAGACUGGAGGGCUCUCACGGGAAGAGGGCGGAAGAACUACACGGAGUCCUUUGGGCCUACCGGACCACUCCCAAAACAGCGACAGGAGAAACUCCUUACUCGCUGGUCUAUGGCUCUGAGGCCAUAAUACCCACGGAAAUGCACGUGAGAACAACGGUCUCAGGGUCUACCUCUCAGGAGGAGAACAACGAGCUGAUGGCGCUGAGCCUCGACCUUCUCGCCGAAAAAGGAGAGGCCGCUUGGCUAAGAAACUGGUCCAACCAGCAAGACUUCACGUACAACAAGAAAGUCAGAACCAUGACCUUCCAGCAAGGGGAUUGGGUUCUACGACGAGCAGAAAAAACAACGGGGAAACUCACCCCCGGGUGGGAAGGACCCUAUAACGUCAUCGAGGUGCGGAGAGCAGGUGCCUACAGGCUGCAAGAUGGCAAAGGGAGCAAUCAAAAUCCUGCUUCUCAAGACGUGGAAAGCAGCGAAGCCUGGCACUUGGGUCAUAACACCCACACCAGCACCCUCCAAAAUCUGCCAAUGACUUCCUGCAGAAGUAGAAUACAGCAUAGGAACUCGAUAGUGGCCAGCUUCCAAGCGGCAAAAUGCGAAAUCCAAACAGGUACCGGUAGUAGCCGAUGGCGGAGUAUGGUCCCUGUGAAAAACUAA